GUGAUGUAGCAGUAAAGAUCCUAAAGGUUGUAGAUCCAACCCCAGAACAAUUUCAAGCCUUUAGAAAUGAAGUAGCUGUAUUAAGGAAAACUCGACAUGUUAAUAUUCUACUAUUUAUGGGCUACAUGACUAAAGAUAAUCUGGCCAUUGUGACACAGUGGUGUGAAGGAAGUAGCCUAUAUAACCACCUACAUGUUCAGGAAACAAAGUUUCCAAUGUUACAGCGUAUUGAUAUUGCAAGACAGACAGCACAAGGAAUGGACUACUUGCAUGCAAAGAAUAUAAUACACAGAGACAUGAAAUCAAAUAAUAUAUUUCUUCAUGAAGACCGAACAGUGAAGAUAGGAGACUUUGGUUUGGCAACAGUCAAAUCCAGAUGGAGUGGUUCUCAACAGGUGGAACAGCCUACAGGAUCGGUUCUCUGGAUGGCACCGGAAGUAAUUCGAAUGCAAGAUAGCAAUCCAUUCACCUUUCAAUCAGAUGUGUAUUCUUAUGGAAUAGUACUGUAUGAAUUGAUGACCGGAGAGUUACCCUAUUCACAUAUUAACAACAGAGAUCAGAUCAUUUUCAUGGUUGGUCGUGGUUAUACAUCGCCUGAUCUCAGUAAACUAUACAAAAACUGUCCAAAAGCGAUGAAGAGGCUUGUAGCGGAUUGCGUAAAAAAAGUGAGGGAAGAGAGACCUCUUUUUCCACAGAUAUUGUCUUCCAUUGAACUGCUGCAACAUUCUUUACCCAAAAUUAACCGAAGUGCUUCAGAGCCUUCUCUGCAUCGUGCAACCCAUACCCAGGACAUAAAUUCAUGCACAUUGACUUCAACAAGGCUACCUGUUUUCUAGGAGAUCCACGUGCAGUCUUCACCGUUCUCCCCAAUAACAGUUAUUUUAUAGCAGUUAUGUUUUGAAAGCUUCAAUCUACAGAAUUGAACAGCCAGUGUGGAUUCAUCUGGGUGCCAAUUUUAAGAGUGAGCUGCUAUGAAUUUCUUCUGUUCUAAGCCUACAGGGACAAAACUCCAUGUUGCCUUUUGCUACAGUUUAUCUUAUGGAAAUAGUGCACAGACUGUAUAAAAAGAAGUUCUAUUGCUAUUUUUUAUAGAUGCACUUGAGCCUUAUUUUUUUCCCAUAUGCAAAAAAAAAAAAGGACAAAGGAAAAAAAGUAUUACUUUUCUGGUUUCAACUCUUGCAUUCUGCUGAACAAACUGUUAUAUUUUUUUUGUAUAGCAACAGCAUUUGAGAAAAGGCAAUGCAACUGGUGCUGUUUUUCUUACACCUUAAGAACAUUCUGGAUUGGAGAAAUCAUAACUAAAAUACCAAUUAGUAAAGAUGACCUAAGGGAAGAGGGAAAUGCAACUUCAUGGAAGUGUUCCCAACCGAGCAUUUGUCCUAAUCACUUAAUAUUGGUGAUUAAAGUUUCAUCACUACAAAUAAUUUUGCACAUAGUAAAAAAUCAUUUUAAGAUGAGAUGUAUAUUAUAACUAGUACUCCUCCUCUGAAGCUGGCACAAUCUUGCCACAAUCUUCGUAAGUUAACAUAAGAAACUUAUUGGGUACUUCAGGCUUGCUUUUUGCAGCACCUGGAGGAUUCAGUAAGACAUGAUAGUUUUGUGGGAGGAGAAAGAAAUAAGUAAUGUCAGUAUGUUUCUGCAAACAGUCAUUCUACUGUUUGGAACAAAACCAUUUUUUUUUCUGAGAUGCACUAUAAAGAAAUUUGGCAUAUACAGGAUUUUUCCUUGCUGAUUUGGGUUUUAAUUUGUUUUUAUUGCUCCUGAGACGACAGAACAUUUAUUGUAAACCCAGGUUCUUCUGAUUAUCUUAUUUUAAUAAAUAAAUUAAA